AUGUUCCCGCCCCUCAACGAAGCGGAUUUCGUGAACAUCGAGCACCGAAACAAAUCCGGCCUUAUCCAUAUCUUGCGAGCGAUUGCCCGGGACAUCCGGGUUUACAUCAAUAGCCCGGACGCAUACAACAAAGAUCGUACGUCCCGGGCCAUCGCUAGAAUGCCAUACGGAAUGUGGAUCCCAGAUCUUGCUGCGGAAGACGUUCCACUCUUCCCUAUCAUAGAGCCGACCCAGUCAUAUUUCGAGGGGUCUAUGGUACCCAUUCACCGCUGCCUGGUGAUACUACAAUACCUGAGUAUCAUUCACGGAACCGAGCACCAGCACAUGGACCAUCUCGAUUCCAGAGAGAGACUUCCAACUGAAAGUUUCACAGUUACCGCAGCAGACGUCCCCUGGUUGAUGACCCCCAGGGUUUAG